GGCCCUCUGCUCUUUUUACCCUACAACGUGUUGAGGCGUUCGUUUUGACGUUGCCGUCCUCCUUUUUUAUCUCUCCCUCUCACUCUCUCUCUCACACCUCUCUCUCUCUCUCUCUCUCUCAUUUUCUGACUCUCUUCCUGGUUGAUGAUGACUUAGCACUUCGGCACAUACCCACCAAUCUUUUUAAUAUUAUUUCAUGCAAGAUCUGGAAGUAUAUAGAUGCUUUUUCUCUCUUUCAAAAUUCCUCCUGUCCUUUCAUAGAUCUCCUCUUCCCCCUCCCGAGUCCUCAUUUUCGCGUACCCAAAAGAAAGAGAGAGAAACAGAGAAGGAGAGACGGGAGGGCCAGAGGAUUCAUGAUUAUGUGCCCUGGCUUCUCCUUCCAGUAGCUGUAUUCAUUGUUGUUCUUCUUCCUCUUGGAAUGCAUUGCAGAUGUUAUACACCCAAGGAAGGAAGGAGCGGUGUCUCCCUGUUUUUUCAUGGGGAAGUGAUGUUUUGGUUAAGGGAAACCAGGAAGUAUGAGAUAUUGAUGGUCUGUGCGUCUGCUGGGUCGUCUUCUUGAGCCUUUGUAAGGGCACGGAAAGAGAGGCAGAGGCUAGUUGGUGAGGGCAAUGGGCUUUGAUUUUGGGGAGUGGUGGGGCAGGGAGAGCCACAGAGGGACGCCGGUGGUAGUGAAGAUGGAGAACCCCAACUGGUCAAUGCUGGAAUUGGAGAGCCCGGAAGAUCAUCUCUUGGAUAAGGGGAGGGGCAAGAAUGCGAAGCAGCUAACGUGGGUGCUCCUCCUGAAGGCUCACAAGGCCGCCGGGUGCCUCACCUCAAUCGCCUCCGCAACUUGGGGCCUGGGAUCGGCCAUCAGACGCCGCGUCUCCUCGUCGUCAGCGGCCGCCGAUCUCGAUGCCGUCGGUGCUGGAAGGACAAGGCGGUUCUACACAUGCAUCAAGGUCUUCCUCUUCCUCGCCGUCCUGAUGCUUGGGUUCGAGGUCGUCGCUUUCUACAAAGGAUGGCAUUUUAAUGCCCGGCGUCUCCACCUCCCGGCUUCAUUCGGGUUGCAGAGCCUUCUGCACUCCGUGUAUUCUUUCUGGGUUUUUAUCAGGGUGGAGUAUCUUGCUCCACCCCUUCAGCUUCUCGCGGAGGUCUGCAUCGUUAUGUUCCUCAUUCAAUCUCUCGAUAGGUUGAUCCUGGUCUUGGGUUGCUUCUGGAUCAGAUUCAAGAAGAUCAAGCCGGUCCCCAAGUCGGAAAUGGGAGCCAAUGCAGAUCUCGAAGGGGGAGCGACGGAUUACCCAAUGGUUCUCGUGCAGAUUCCUAUGUGUAACGAGAGGGAGGUUUAUCAGCAAUCUAUAGCUGCUGUCUGUAAUCUGGAUUGGCCAAAAGGCAAAAUGCUUAUUCAAAUUUUGGACGAUUCGGAUGACCCAACAACUCAGUUUCUUAUCAAGGAAGACGUGGAGAAAUGGCAACACAAUGGUGCUAACAUCAUCUACAGGCAUCGUGUUCUGAGAGAAGGGUAUAAGGCCGGAAACCUCAAGUCUGCCAUGAACUGUAGCUAUGUUAAUGACUAUGAAUUUGUUGCGAUAUUUGAUGCUGAUUUUCAGCCUUUUCCUGACUUCUUGAAAAGAACGAUGCCUUAUUUUAAGGACAAUGCGGAUGUGGGCUUGGUUCAAGCUAGGUGGUCAUUUGUGAACAAGGAUGAAAAUCUGCUCACUAGAUUGCAGAACGUCAACCUUGCCUUCCAUUUUGAGGUGGAGCAGCAGGUGAAUGGCAUAUUCAUAAAUUUCUUUGGAUUCAAUGGUACUGCUGGUGUCUGGAGAAGGAAGGCAUUGGAAGAGUCUGGUGGAUGGCUUGAGAGGACCACAGUGGAAGAUAUGGACAUUGCUGUUCGUGCUCAUCUGCAGGGUUGGAAAUUCAUCUUCCUCAAUGAUGUAGAGUGCCAGUGUGAGCUACCAGAAUCGUAUGAAGCUUACAGAAAGCAGCAACACAGGUGGCAUUCUGGUCCAAUGCAGCUAUUCCGACUCUGCCUACCUGAUAUUAUUCGUGCCAAGAUUGGCGUGUGGAAGAAAGCCAACCUCAUUUUCCUAUUUUUCUUGUUAAGAAAAUUGAUUCUCCCUUUCUAUUCCUUCACUCUCUUCUGUAUCAUUCUCCCAAUGACAAUGUUUGUUCCGGAAGCUGAGCUGCCAGCUUGGGUGGUAUGCUAUAUACCUGCCACCAUGUCCAUUCUUAAUAUCCUUCCAGCCCCAAAGUCCUUUCCUUUCAUUGUUCCUUACCUACUCUUUGAGAACACCAUGUCUGUGACGAAGUUCAAUGCCAUGAUCUCUGGCCUGUUCCAGUUAGGGAGCGCCUAUGAAUGGGUUGUCACCAAGAAGUUAGGCAGGUCAUCUGAGGGAGAUCUCAUUGCCUUGUUGGAGAAAGAGCCCAUACACCAGCGUGGCGCAUCUGUGCCAAACCUUGAUGCUUUGAGCAACGUUGAUCUGGCCAUUACUAAGCCAAAGAAGAAGCGAAACAGGAUCUAUCGAAAAGAACUGGCACUUGCAUUUCUACUGUUAACAGCCGCUGCCAGGAGUUUGCUUUCUGCUCAGGGAAUUCAUUUCUAUUUUCUGCUGUUUCAAGGAGUUUCUUUCCUACUAGUUGGUUUGGACCUAAUUGGAGAACAGAUCGAUUGAGAAGAAGAAUCUGAGCAGAAAAGGAUGCAGGCGACCAUAUGGCGUUAUUGGCUGAUAACAGGAUCCAUGAAGAGGUAGGAGAAAGUGGGAACUUACGGAAGGCCCGCCAACUGCUUUUCUUCGUGUAGAACAACUUUCUCCAAUUAGUUGGAGAGAAGAGGAUCAAGAAUGUCGAUCCUCCAUCCAAGGAGGUGUAGAUAGUGAUGCUCUUUUGUUUAUGAAGGUUUAUUUUGAUUAUUUUGGGUGAUGAUGAGGGCCACCUCAUUCAUUUUCAAGGAAAUUUUGUUCCCAGAUUUUACUUUCUGAUCUGCGUUUGACAGAAGGGUUGGGGGGUGGGGUGUUGUAAUCGAAAAAAGAAAAGGCACAGAAGCCCUUGUCAACUUCUACAGCUUCAUGAAGGCAUAAAAUCCACCAAUGGAUUAAUUCUUACACAUA